ACAAUGUGAGGAGAGAGGGCUUGCCUGAAUUCUGCAGUGAUCUGUGGGGGUGCUGGUGUCCAGGACUCCAGAACUUGGUGCUCUGGUACUGGCUUUCCAACAACGAGCUGGGGAGAUUAAGCGUUUCGAUCUGUGCUUUGGGAGCAGCUGACAGUGUGCGGUAAUGUGCUGACUGGCACUAUGGGCAGGCGGUACCCAGGGGCUCACUAUCGGCCAAGCAGCUCAUUUGACUCUGGCGUGGACGCAUUGGCAGUGUUUAUGGCAAGCGGCAGCACGACGGACGUUGUGAACCGCAACAGCCCUGCCACCCCACCCAACACGCUCAACCUGCGCUCCUCUCACAAUGAACUUCUGAAUGCAGAGAUUAGGCACACAGAGACCAAGAACACCACUCCUCCAAAGUGCAGGAAAAAAUAUGCGCUGACUAACAUUCAGACAGCCAUGGGUCUUUCUGAUCCAGCAGCACAGCCCCUUCUGGGGAACGGCUCUGCCAAUAUAAAGCUGGUAAAGAAUGGAGAAAACCAGCUCAGGAAAGCCGCCGAGCAGGGACAGCAAGAUCCCAACAAAAACCUCCCUGCCACUGCAGGCAUAAACGUAACUUCUGAGAAGUUUGAAGGCAAAGAGCCGAUCCCGCAGGAUUCCUCUGGCUGUGAAAUACUACCCUCACAGCCAAGGAGGACCAAGAGCUUCCUGAAUUACUAUGCAGAUCUAGAGACAUCUGCUAGAGAGCUAGAGCAGAGUUUUGUUACGAUGGAAGAUAAAUCUGCACAAAGCAACAGCCAGGCAUCUACCAUUAUUGUCAAUGGGGAAGGCUUGCCCCGGAAACAAAACAAGCCAUCAAGCCCAGAGGAUGGCCAAGUUGCUGCAGUGUCAUCAAGCCCUGAGACUAAGAAAGACCACCCAAAAACAGGGGCCAAAACAGAUUGUGCCCUCCAUAGGAUUCAAAACCUGGCCCCAAGUGAUGAGGACUCCAGCUGGACUACGCUGUCGCAGGACAGUGCCUCGCCGAGCUCGCCUGAUGAAACAGCAGAUAUCUGGAGUGAUCAUUCAUUUCAGACAGACCCAGAUUUACCACCUGGCUGGAAAAAAAUCAAUGAUGUUGCUGGGAUCUACUACUGGCACAUACCAACGGGGACAACUCAAUGGCAGCGUCCCGUGUCCAUCCCGACAGAUCUCCAGGGUUCACGAAAAGGAUCACUUGGUUCCAUUACUCCAUCGCCUACUCCAGAAACUGAGAAACAGCCAUGGAGUGAUUUUGCUGUACUGAAUGGGGGAAAGAUUAAUAGUGACAUUUGGAAGGAUCUGCAUGCAGCCACUGUGAACCCAGACCCAAGUUUGAAAGAGUUUGAAGGAGCAACAUUACGCUAUGCCUCUUUGAAGCUCAGCAGAAAUGGUCCACAAUCUGAUGAUGAUGAUUCCUGUAGCAUCAACAGUGAUCCAGAAGCAAAGUGCUUUGCUGUGCGAUCCCUGGGCUGGGUGGAAAUGGCAGAAGAAGAUCUAGCUCCUGGAAAAAGCAGUGUUGCUGUGAACAACUGCAUCAGACAGCUCUCUUACUGUAAAAACGACAUCAGAGACACUGUUGGCAUUUGGGGAGAGGGCAAAGACAUGUACCUUAUACUGGAAAAUGACAUGCUGAACCUGAUCGAUCCCAUGGACCGCACAGUUCUUCAUUCACAGCCCAUUGUGAGCAUCAGAGUCUGGGGUGUGGGGCGUGACAAUGGCCGAGACUUUGCUUAUGUGGCAAGAGACAAAGACACAAGGAUUCUGAAAUGUCAUGUGUUUCGAUGUGACACACCGGCAAAAGCCAUCGCCACAAGUUUACAUGAAAUCUGCUCCAAGAUUAUGGCCGAACGGAAGAAUGCUAAAGCUAUGGCUUGUGGUUCAUUGCAAGGGGGGACAAAUGUCAACCUCGAUGUUCCUCUGCAAGUAGAUUUCCCAACACCAAAGACAGAACUGGUACAGAAGUUCCACGUUCAGUACCUGGGCAUGCUGCCUGUAGCUAAACCUGUGGGAAUGGAUACUCUGAACAGUGCCAUUGAAAGUCUAAUGACUUCCUCUAGCAAAGAAGAUUGGAUGCCAGUUACUAUGAAUGUUGCUGAUGCUACUGUCACAGUCAUCAAUGAAAGAAAUGAAGAGGAGAUCAUGGUGGAGUGUCGUGUGCGGUUCCUGUCCUUCAUGGGGGUAGGCAAGGACAUUCACACAUUCGCCUUCAUUAUGGAUACAGGAAACCAGCAUUUUGAGUGCCACGUUUUCUGGUGUGAACCAAACGCAGGCAAUGUGUCAGAAGCUGUUCAGGCUGCUUGUAUGUUGCGGUAUCAGAAGUGCUUAGUAGCCAGACCUCCCUCACAGAAAGUGCGACCACCCCCACCUCCUGCAGACUCCGUGACUCGAAGAGUUACAACCAACGUAAAGCGAGGAGUGUUGUCCCUCAUUGACACUUUGAAACAGAAACGCCCGGUCACUGAGAUGCCAUAGCUGCGCCAGAGAAAAGAGCCUCCUAACCCUUAACUGAAGAUAACAUUAGCUAUACUAAGGAAAGUGAACUGACAUUGUCUGGCCUUCCAUUUCAAAUUGCUGAUGCUUUGUCUUCAGAGAAUUUAUCCUUAUCGAAGCAAUGUUAGACAAGCAUGUUCUCGUUCUUGCCACCAUCGUGUGAUAUGAAAAGAAGCAUGAAUAAUUUUUUUGCUGUCAGUGAGUUACACCAUGAACAAUGGAAGGUCUGUUUGAUUGUAAAUACAUGAACGUUACCUAAACUCACACAAAAAAAAAGAAUAUGGCCACGUCCCUCCCAGUGAACUCAUGCUAAAGUCCUUGGAGUGAAUGAUGCCCAAGUUGCUAGUUUCACUGUCUUGAGCUGAAUUUGUCACAAACCGAUCUUAACUCCUACAGCACUUUGCUCUGUUUUCAACACUGGAGUAGGUACCAAGUGUUAGCUACCAUUGAAUUACUGUAGAUUAAAUACCAAGUUUUAUUUUUUACAGAACUACACCUGUCAGUUUUAAAUUGUUUGUCAGCAUUGGUCUAGCAACUACUUUAAUAACUCCCCGACAUGCUUCUGAA